CUUAAAGAAUCAUUUCAGUGUUCAAGAGACCCUAGUCUUCAUAGGUUUCCAAUAAAAUGAAGGUAAAAGUAGGUGAAGUUGGUGAUCUGCAAGUUGCUGCACCCAGACUUCUAGGAAGCUGUAGAUUGACAGUCAGUCUCACAUGUUUAUUUACUUCGUUCGCCGCUAUCGUAACGACGAUUAACCUGUCAAUGGCGAUUGUUUGCAUGAAUAGACGAACAAAAACGUGUAUUGGAAGUGAAGAGAUCAACAGCAACUCAAGUUUUGGAUUUCCGGAAUUAAACGGAACUUGUAGCGACACAAGAAAGGAUAAACAAAUGUAUUUGGACAAGCCAUCCCAAGGAAUGCUGUUAGGCGCUCUUUAUUAUGGAGUAGUCUCAGCACAGCUGCUUGUUGGUUGGCUAUGUGAUAAAUUUGGAAAAUAUAAACUGCAAAUGGCUCUCGGUUCCGGGUUUUACGGAAUUGCUUCCUUCUUGUCUCCAAUUAUUCUAGAGUUUGCCGGUGUACCUUACUAUUUUGCUCUUCGUGUCCUCAAGGGAGUUGCUACGAGUUUUGCUAUUUCUUCGAUGUUGCCGAUGUUAACUCGCUGGACAACCAUCCAAGAGCAGGGUCUUUUGGUGGGUAUCGCAACUGCCGGUAUUGGUGUAGCUAAUUCAGUUACCUACCCAAUAUCUGGCUUGCUCUGCCAGUAUGGGGGAUGGAAAUCUAUUUUUUAUUUUGGUGGGACUUGUGGUAUGCUGGCAACUUUACUUGUUGUGUGUUUAGUGUACGAUAGCCCAGCUGUACAUCCUCGAGUGGAAGCGGAAGAGAAGCAAUUUCUUCUCUCUUUUCAACUUCAAGGUGAAUCAAAGAAACGACGAGUUAUUCCGUGGGGAAAGAUGCUUCGUUCGGUUCCCGUUUGGUCUAUUAUCAUAACAAAUUUUUUCUUCUUCGCUGUGGUAAAAGGAAUAGUUCUCAACCUACCGAUUUAUGUCAAAGACGUCUUGGAUUUCACAGUUACUGAGAAUGGCAUAUUUUCUGCUAUGCCAUUAGUCGGAGCUCUUGUUCUCCACUUAGUUGCAGGUCCCAUUUUUGAUUACGUUCGGACCAAAAAUAUAUUUUCACCGACCACCGUACGAAAAAUCUUUCAUGUAGUAGGCACCCUUACUCCUGGAGCAUUGAUGUUCAUUUCGAGCCAACUAACACAGGAGCAUAAAUAUUACAUCAUCUCAUUAAUAACCGUUGGCUAUUCUCUUACUGAAUUUGCUGUUAUGGGGGGAUAUAACUUUGCCAUGAUGGAUAUUGCUCCUGAUUAUCUUGGCGUUCUUCAAGGAAUUAAUAAAACAAUUAGUCUAGCUCCAGGUUUUAUUAUUCCGAUGAUCAUAUCGGCUCUAACUCCAAAUGGAUCGGAAGAAGAAUGGGCAAACGCUUUUAUUCUAUUUGGUGCCCUAUAUAUUACUUCGUGUCUGAUUUUUGUGCUGACUGGUAGUGCACAACUUCAGAGCUGGGGUAAAGCAAUAAAGGGUGACAUGAUCUGAGCAAAGGAAUAUUGCAAACAUUUUACUAAUAAUUCCGCAUCGGUAUAGUGAGGGGUCGUUCACAUACUACGUAGUGGGCUUAGGAGGGAGGGGGUCAGACAAAUUACUUCAAAAUACUACGGGGGGAGGGGAGGGGGAGCCCGGGGAUUUGAUACGUAGUAGAAACAAAUUUUCAAAAAUUUUCCAAUUUAAAAAAAAAAUUGUUUUUCCUAAGCUGGCAACGCUGUCUUUGUUUAUUUUUGGCGAAAGCUCAUCUGAGCCAUGAGCUCCUCCUGAGUCAUGAGCAGUCUGUUAUGGUAUUAUUUAUUUUUUUAUUUGCAUCGUUAAUUUUCAAUUGGUCACUGUCAAAAAUGAUACAAAGAAUGCUUACUUUUUUAAUACAGAAAUAAUUGAG